UAGGGUUGUCACUAUAAUGAUCACCAAUGGCAUGCGGCAUGCGACUUUCAAAAACAACACUUUUGUUGUUGUGCUAUCAAAUUUGAUCCUUUUCGUUGGCAUCAUUAACGUUUUCCCUCCUCACUCUCUCUCCUCCUCUAAAAUCACUAUACGGUUGUACCAUUCAAAUUAAAGAUUGUCCGAACUGCAGAGUAAACUGCAGUAUAGUGCUAAUAAUCCUCAGAUCAACGAAAAAAAGAGUUCUUGUAGGUUUCAUUGUCAUGGAGCUGAAUUCACAGAAGAGACCAUUUUCAAUCAAAUUAUGGCCUCCUAGUCAGAACACUAGGCAGACCCUUGUGGAGAGGAUGACCAACAAUCUGACUACUAAAUCUCUUUUCACACAGAAGUAUGGAACUUUGGACAAGGAAGAGGCUGAAGAGAAUGCAAAGAGGAUUGAGGAUGUGGCUUUUGCUACUGCGAAUCUACACUAUGAGAAAGAGCCAGAUGGUGAUGGAGGUUCUGCAGUCCAGCUUUAUGCCAAAGAAUGUAGUAAGCUCCUCCUAGAUGUUCUUAAAAGAGGACCUAGUAAAAAGGAUGAUGAAGUGGUGACAUCUGUUAAUACCACUUCAUCUCUUGAAUAUGUUUUUGAUAUAUCUAAAGGGCAAAGGGCCUUCAUUGAAGCAGAUGAGACAGAGCAACUUUUAAGUCCGUUAAAGGAGCCAGGAAAUUCUUACACCAAAAUAUGCUUUAGCAACAGGAGCUUUGGGUUAGGAGCAGCGCAAAUUGCUGAGCCCAUUCUAACUUCCAUCAAGGACCAGUUGAAAGAAGUAGAUCUAUCAGAUUUUAUUGCUGGAAGAUCAGAAGCAGAAGCUCUUGAUGUCAUGAAGAUAUUCUCAACUGCCCUAGAAGGAAGUGUCUUGAGGUCUUUAAACCUCUCUGACAAUGCAUUGGGUGAAAAAGGUGUUAGAGCAUUUGGAGCACUUUUGAAAUCGCAGAAAUGCUUGGAGGAGCUUUAUCUGAUGAACGAUGGAAUCUCAAAGGAAGCUGCUCUAGCAGUUUGUGAGUUGAUUCCUUUCACAGAGAAACUCAAAGUUCUUCAUUUUCAUAAUAAUAUGACUGGAGAUGAAGGGGCACUAGCUAUAGCCGAGGUUGUAAAGCGUUCUCCUUUGUUGGAGGAUUUUCGCUGUUCCUCCACAAGGAUAGGCUCUGAAGGUGGAGUUGCCUUGUCUGAUGCUUUAGGGAAUUGUGCCCAUCUGAAGAAGCUUGAUUUGCGAGACAACAUGUUAGGUGUGGAGGGUGGGGUUUCUCUGAGUAAAGCUCUUACCAAGCAAGCAGAGCUAAGAGAGGUAUACCUAAGCUACCUGAACUUGGAAGACGAUGGUGCAAUUGCUAUUGUUGAUGCUCUUACGGAAGCAGCUCCUCACCUUGAAGUUUUGGAGAUGAGCGGAAAUGAUAUUACAGCUGAUGCUGCUCCUGCAAUAGCAGCCUGCCUAGCAGCAAAGCAGUUUCUCACUAAGUUGAACCUCUCUGAGAAUGAACUCAAGGAUGAAGGGGCCAACCUGAUAACUAAGGCCAUUGAAGGCCAUGUCCAAUUAAAGGAAAUUGAUCUAAGUGCCAACCAAAUAAGCAGGGCUGGGGCUCAACAACUGGCUGUGACUGUGGUGCAAAAGGCUGAUUUCAAACUUCUGAAUAUUAAUGGGAACUUCAUUUCUGAUGAAGGCAUUGAUGAGUUGAAGGAUAUAUUUAAAAAAUCUCCAGACAUGCUCGGUCCAUUAGACGAAAAUGACCCUGAUGGAAUAGACAAUGAUGAAGAAUCUGAUGAAGAAGGUGGUGCAGAUGAACUCGAAUCCAAAAUGAAGAACCUUGUAGUUGAUGAUUGACUGAAGCAGUUGCAGUCUUCUUUCAUGUUCUGCUGCGCAAGUAACUCUCGUGACAGUAGAGGGUUUUUAGACCAUUUUAUUCGUAGUAGUUUAUGUAACUAUUAAGACGCAUCAAUUUGACAGCAGUCAAUUAUUGAGGGGACAUAAAAUGUCUGCAAUAUUUAUCGAAAUGUUGUUUUCGAUGUUUCCUUUCAAAGUUCCAUUUCACUUGGCUAGAUUA